ACUCGAUUAAUCGUUGUUUUAGUGCGUGUUAAGCGUGUCACGAUUCAUACCAAGCUGGGUAGUCCAUUUCUGCACUCAACGCCCCCGGGUGGCAGCUGCAGCAGCAACAACCCAUCGCCAACGACAACGCCGACAACGGCCGCCAAGCAGCUAGCACACACCUUUCAGCUGUCGGCCAAUUCGGCCUUCAAUCUCGCCCUGCCGCCCAGCUUCUAUCAACGCCAUCUGCCCACAGCCUCGCCGGUUAAUGCACCGGAAUUGAGCGCCACACUAAACGAUUACCACAACAGCAACAACAGCCACAACGAUCCCGAUCCCAGCAUGGAUCUCAUCAAUCCCUAUAUGCGCCAUCACAGUUUCGCCGCUGCCGCCCAAAGCAGUCCGCCGUCGGCAGCACAGCGUCAUCAUCUGGCCGCUGCCGCUGCUGCGGGACUGAGCAAUGGAUUCGCCGAUGUGCAUGCUCAUGCCAUGGCCGCUGCUGACUAUCAGCAGCAGCUGGCGGACUAUCACAGCGCUGCUGCAGCGGCAGCUGCUUAUGCCAGCAACAACAAUAACAACAACAACAACAGCAGUCCGCUGAUGCUGCUCAAGGCAGCUCAGGCUAGCGGUGCUCGAUUGGAGGCGAAAUCUUCCGCUGAGGAUUCGCCAUCCACAACGCCGCCGCCCGCCUCGUCGCGUCUGCACUCGGAGUCAUCGCCCUCGCCACGCUAUGAGCACAACUCGAGUCCUGGUGUCGAUAGUGCCAAAUCGUUUGCAUUGAGCCAACGCAGCAGCGGAGGUGAGGAGCAUUGCCAGAACAGUGAGUCGAGUCCGCCGCCACCGGAUUACAGUCCCGAGAACUUGACCAGUCGCAAGUAUCAGCACUCGAGCAGCGGCCUCAAUCCGCUCAGCCUGCACAACAACAAUCACAGCCAUAGCAACAACAACAACAACAUCAUUGGUGGCCAUCUUCACAGCAACAGCAGCAGCAACAAUAACAACAACAACAGCAUGGAGCACAAGAUUCCAUUGAGUUUCUUGGGUCCGCCGCUGGCGGCGCUGCAUUCCAUGACCACAGAAAUGAAGACUGCACAAAGCGUCGCCGCUGGCGUCGGCGGCGCUGGCAGCGGAGUGGGAGCCGGAUCUGGCAAUGGACUUGGCUAUGGCCACAGUCCCAACUCGCAUCUGAUCAGCGAACGCGUCACCGGCUCCAGCUCGAGCAGCUCCACCACAACCAACUCACAGGGCGCCGCCAAUCCACAUGGCAUCGACACGAUACUAUCGAAACCGCCGCCGGUCACAUCGGCGGGUCUAAGUGCUUUAACGGGAGCUGGCAUUCCACGCUUCUCCAUUGCGGCAGCUGCGGCGGGCAUGGCCCAGUAUCUGUCGCAGAGCCAAGGGGCGCCACUGAAGACGCACGCUGGCCACAUUGUGGAUCGCACGCAUCUCUACUGGCCGGGACUCCAGGGGCUGGUGGCCAAUCCGAUAGCGUGGCGCGAGCGUCUAUCGAAUACGAUGUCCGCCAAUCUGUCGCAGUCACAUCAGCACCAUCCAUCGAGCGAUAAGGAUGGCAAAAAGAAACACACCCGCCCAACAUUCAGUGGUCAGCAGAUAUUCGCACUGGAGAAGACAUUCGAACAAACCAAAUAUCUGGCUGGACCAGAGCGUGCCAAGCUCGCGUAUGCCUUAGGAAUGUCCGAGUCGCAGGUUAAGGUUUGGUUUCAGAAUCGUCGCACCAAAUGGCGCAAACGUCAUGCGGCGGAAAUGGCGACAGCGAAACGGAAACAGGACGACAUCGGUGGCGACAACGAUGGCGACUGCAGCGAGACCAUGGACAGCGACAACGAGAGCCUGGACAUGGGUGAGGCUCCAGCAUCGCAAAGUAAAAGGAGUCGCAGCAGCAGCGGUUCACAGCAGCAGCCGGAUAAUUAUCGUCAUUAAAACGAAUUUACAAAAUGGCAAAGGAUAUGCAUACAACUACAACUACAAAUACAACUACAACUACAGCAAAUUAACAACAACAACAACAAGAAGAAUAUUAAGCUAACAGCUAAUAAAAUAACAAACAAUAAAAACACAGCGAAAGGUUCUCAACAUUCAUUAAGGGCAUUUCAGUUCUUUGAUUAGCUAAAAACGCAAAACGGUUUUGCCACUUUACAGUCUUCUGAAGACGUCAAUUUUAAGGCUUAAUUUGUAUUCCUAAAAAUCCUCCCCCUGCCACCCCCUCGUUCCCACAUCCCUUGUUUAAUACGUGUGUAAAUAUUUUUAUGUUAAUUUUGUGGAAAUCGCGCAUAGAUACAUAGAAUUUAGGUAUUUUGUAUUUAAUAACCCGGGCUCUAAAUGCUAAGUCGUUUUAAGGCACACAAUUUACUGAAUUUAUUACAUAUUAUAUGUUUAGUUUUAUAGUUUAUAUAUAAAAACCGUAUAAAAUAAAAACUCAGAAAAGCAAAGAAACAAAGCAACAAAAAAAUGAAAAAGAAAAUGAAAGUAAUUAAAUUUAAUUAAAACAUUCCUAACACUAAUGUUAUUUCGUGCAUUAGAACAGACUUUAGUUUUUUUUUCUCUAAUUUCUAUACAAAAAUAUAAAUAUGCGAAGAGCGCACGAAAAUUAUAUAAUAAUGCUGAUGAUUAAUGAUGAUGAUGAUGAUGAGCGAUGAAAUA